GCAAUGGAUCUUGACGGUCUAUCCCCGGGCAUGUACAACUACUUAUUAUUUUGCCAGAGCGGAUGCAGUGAAAGGAACAGAUAUACGUUAGACUUCUUUACGUGGGUAAAGCGGUAAUCCAUUGUUACGGACCAUUGGAGGCGUGACUUCGUAGUUCUCGAAGGCUACGGACGCUCGAUCCGGAAAUUUGCCUUCUCUCUGGAUAGCCGACUGCUUGCCUUGGCGUUCGACGAUAGGAUCAUUAGCGUAUGGGAGGUCGAAACUGGGGCCAUCCGGUAUACGCUUGAAGAGUACUGAGGCUGGGUGAGUAGCCUGGUGAUUAUUACACCUAUAGAUAUGAUAGCCUCAGGGCCAGAUAACCGUACCGUCAGGCUCUGGGCAGCCGACACGAGUUGCCCAUAAGUCACUCUCCGGAGGCAAGCUACCACCGUUGGAUAUCUCAGCUUUUCCCGCGACAAAUCCACGCUUGCAGUGUCAACGGAGGCCAUGGUUCAGCCGACAAGAAAUUCACCUCCGGGAUGGGGCACUGGAUAAAGGCUACAUUAAGAUAUCGAACUACGCCACGAGGACAUGAACUCUCUAUAGUCCUCUCGCCAGACGAGAGUCUCUUUGCUUCCUGCUCUAAGGAUUGGGCUGUACGGGUGUGGGACUUGCCUAGCGGGAAGCUGACAUGCAACUUGGAAGGCCACCAGGAUUCGGCGCAGCACGCCGCGUUCUCCCCUAACGGGAGGCUCGUCGUCUCCGCUUCAGACGACUCCGCAGUGCGAGUCUGGAAGGUCGACAGUCAACGGGCGGCAGAGGACAGGAAAGUGGCAGUUCUGCGUCAUCGAAGGGACUACUGCCUCACUGUCGCUUUUUCUCCUGACGGGAAGUUUCUAGCGUCCGCCAGUGACGAUGAGGAGAUAAUUGUGUGGAGCAUCGAGACCUGGUCGAAGUUCGGAAAACCGAUGGAUGCGGGUAACGCUGUCGUCCGCGUGACCAUCUCGGCUGAUUCGGACUGGAUACUAUCGGCCACGCGGGAUGGCCAUUGGAAGAUGUGGGAGCUUGCCACCAGGGAGUGCCUGUGCACGAUCGAGAGCCGGCACAAAGGCGGCCUGGGCUCGCUGAUCUUAAUCCGGGCUGCGUGGUGACCGGGCUGGGCGCAUGGCGAUUGCCGGGUGCGGAAGUCUGCCGCAUGGCGUCCACAUUAACCUUCAUCGGCCCCGUACGCCAUCAGAUGUGGCCAAGGCACGGGCCGUUGGACGAUCACCUGGAAAGAAACCAACAUAAUCGAGAUCGUAGACUAGUAUAAUAUAAACCUGGUAGCGCCUGGGCCGGCAGUACGUGCGUCGCUGGGAGAAGGGUAGCCAUAGGGAUUGUACUUAUUUGAAGAGCUCCUCUUCCUUGAGCUUUUAGAUGGGAUAGAGCCGCGGACGGUCGGUUAUUACGAAGGUUUGCUAUGACCUUGAGGUAAGUAGCUCACUUAAUAGAGGAGUAGUAGUUGUAGUGGUGGUUGUAGUGGUGGUUGUAGUGGUGGUUAUAGUGGU